GACCUAGGACUGGUAAAUUGAAGUCUCGAAGCCUCAGCAAGUCUGUGCGAUGGGGCCUUCACACCGGUCCUCAGGAGGCUACCGCGAGAUUUUAAAAGCGCUUUUGGAGAAAGUGCUGGUUUUUACUGGAGACAGUGAAUGAUCACUAAAACCCACAAAGGAGACUUGGGCCUUGGGCUCCCAGAGAAAAAGAAGAAGAAGAAGAAGGUGGUCAAAGAACUAGAGACUCAAUACUCAGUUUUAAACAGUGACAAUUAUUUCACUGAGAUCUGUCCCACAAAAGCCACAUCCCCCUCAAAGAGUGUGGUCCUGGGACAGGCAUCUGAGAUGCCUCUAGUGAAGAAAAAGAAGAAAAAGAAGGGACAUAGCACCCUCGGUGAGCAGCACUUAGAACCUGAGACCACAUUACGUGCUGGAUGGACAGAGAAGUUGCCGAGCCCCAGGAAGCAGGCUCUUGGUUCAUCUGAGUUCCAAGGUGGGGAGAAGAAAAAGAAGAGGAAGUCCUUAGGGCCUCCGGCCAUGUCCCCUGGCUCGAGAGUGAAGACCUUCCCGGACCCCAGACAGGGCGAGGAGGUGACCAGCAUUGGCAAGAAGCCCAAAAAACACAAGAAGGAGAAAAAGGCCCAGGAGGCUGCAACCUUUUCAGCCAAGAACCCUUGGUUCUGUGAGUCUGGGGAUUCUCUGUAUGCUUGCUCGGUGGGGAAGGAUGGAGAGGAGCAGACAGCCUCAGGGCGGAAACCAGGGCGGAAACGGAAGCAGGAGAGCCCCAGGGAGCACAAUGUGAAGACGAAGAAGAAAAAGAAAAUCCACCAGAAGGGAGACACCUCCCUAGGGCACCUUGAGCUCUCCAAGUCCAUUGAGGGCAUCCCCAGGAAAGGAAGUAAGAAGCCAGUCAAAGUUGAGGCUCCAGAAUACAUCCCAAUAGAACAUAACCCCAAGUCCCCUGCAAAAAAAAUGAAGGCCAAGAAAAAGGCAGAGCAGCCAGGCAUUGGGGAGCCAGCUCUGAGGAGGAAUAAAAAGAAGAAGGAGAAAGAGAGCAGAGUAGCCGGAGAGCCUUGUAAAGAGGAGCCUGACACAGACUUAGAGGUGGUGUUGGAAAAGAAAGGCAACAUGGAUGAGGCGCACAUAGACCAGGUGAGGCGAAAGGCCUUGCAAGAAGAGAUUGAUCGUGAGUCGGGCAAAACGGAAGCUUCUGAACCAAGGAAGUGGACAGGAACUCAGUUUGGCCAGUGGGAUACUGCUGGUUUUGAAAACGAGGAACAGAAACUGAAAUUUCUCAAACUUAUGGGUGGCUUUAAAAAUGUGUCACCUUCAUUCAGCCGCCCCCCUAACAUGACCGGAAGGCCCAACAUGGCUCUCAACAAGAAGGCAGCCGACACUCUGCGGCAGAACCUCCAGCAGGACUACGACCGGGCCAUGAGCUGGAAGUACAGCCGUGGCGCUGGCCUUGGCUUCUCCACCACCCCAGACAAAAUCUUUUAUAUUGACAGAAAUGCUUCCAAGUCCAUCAAAUUUGAAGAUUAAACUCUACUGUCUUGUCCUUCAAAACAGCCAGAAUUUCUUUUAUUAUUCAGUUGUGCAAAUGAAAGCCAUUUUACAGUUGUCUCGAGUCAAACCUCUGCAGAGAUUAAGGAAAACUUUGCCCAUGUGCUUGAAUGAACUGAGGUCAGGGAAGCUCAUGUUUCAGAAGUCAAGAGAACAUGUGAGUGGCUCACACUUACUAUUUUCUGUAUUAAGCAUUCCAUCCCUGUUUGAAGACAUCAGCAUAUAUAAAUAAUAGCUAAAUGUCUUGAGUGCUUAGUAUGUACCACGUACAUACUAAUGUGUUGCCCCUGCAUUAAUGCAUUUAAUCUUAAUAAUUAUGAAAUAGGUGCUAUUAUCCCCAUCUUAUAGAUGAGGAAACUGAGGUUCAGGGAUGAAGUAAUAAAAUUGCCCAGGUUCACCCAA